UAAAGAUUAAUAUCAACGGGCGGAAAUCUUCAAUAUGUGCGCUCUAGGAACUGAUUGUGAACCCGAUAAUUGCUGUAAUUCCGUUAAAAGGCAAUGCAGCGCACCAAUGAUAAUUGAAUAGAGGCAUUAAUUGCGCUGUGGUUUGUUUGCCAUUCAAGCCACACACACACACUCACACACACAUACACACUCAGACUGAGGUGCACAGACCUCUCUACGGAUAUCAACAAGAAGUAUAAUCAAGUGCAGUUGCCAUGCAAACAAAGUCGAUUCCUUGGUGGCUUCUGCUGUUGCUACACGUGGUCCACAUCUCGGGCUACCUAAUCAUUGUGCAUGAGGAAACGCCGCCGGGCGCAGUCAUCUUUAAUGCGUCCGUCUAUAAGCUCGGCUCGGAGCGACAUUACAAAAUCAAUGCACACAAGUCGGCGAACUUUGUGCAUCAUCUAGUCUCGGUCAGCCACAAGGAUGGCCAAAUCCAGCUGAAAAAGUCGCUCAAGUGCGACGGCAUCUACUAUCCAAAUCUGUUUACCUUCUAUGUGGACUCCACAUCGAAUCGCCUGCGUUCGAUCGACUACUACAGCCUGCCGGUGCGCAUUUUCAUAUCGGGCCACAGCUGCAAUGAGGAUCGACGCAUCGAGCAGGAGCUACACCAUCUGCAUCACUUCGAGGAGGAGGACAACACGGGCUAUUCGAAGCGACGCAGACGUCGCAGCACCCAGCAGCUGGCGCUACUCGACGGCAAUCAGCUGGAGCUGGCCUACAGCCGGAACAGCACAGAUUUUCGUGCUGGCGAUCUGAUCUUCGGCAAUAGCUUCGACAACGAGAUGCGGCAUCGCAUACUCAGCCGCAAGCGUCGUGGCAUCGCCACAGAUCCGCUCCAGCUGCAGCCGGCGCUGCACAGACGCAUCACGGACGCCAAGCAAUGGAUAUCCGAGACAUACGCCUCCUAUGCCAUACACACGACCGACAAGUGGAAUCAGAUCUGUUUGCGCAAAUCGCAGUUCAUCAACAACCUGAACGCGUUCCUCCCGAAAUCUGUGUGCCAGAACUGCAAGGUGAACUUCCUGGAUGUGAACGACGAGCGCUUUGCGAUUGAGCAUCAGAAUCGCGAUCUGGUGGCCAGUCGCGAUGUCUGCAUACACGAGUCCAUGUGGAAGGUCAGCAUCACCUUUAACAUACGCUGCAAUCGCAACGAUAUUGUCGACUCCGAUCAUCGCCUGAAGAUCGUCUAUCAUCAUCAGGAGUUCAAUGACACCGACAUUGCGAAGCGCGUGCGGCGCGAGCUGCGGAAUCAAUCGCCCUACUUCGAGCAGGCGCUCUACGUGGCCUCUGUGCUCGAGGAGCAGCCCGCAGGCGCCGCUGUUACCACUGUGCGGGCGCGUGAUCCCGAGGAUUCGCCUGUUGUCUAUUCCAUGGUCUCGCUGCUGGACUCACGCUCGCAGUCGCUCUUCAAGGUGGACUCGCGCACAGGCGUCGUCACGACAUCGGCCAGCCUCGAUCGAGAGCUCAUGGAUGUGCAUUACUUUCGCGUGGUGGCCACAGACGACAGCUUUCCUCCGCGCAGCGGCACCACCACGCUCCAGGUGAACGUACUCGACUGCAAUGAUCACAGUCCCACCUUCGAGGCGGAGCAGUUCGAGGCGAGCAUACGCGAAGGCGCCACUGUGGGCUCCACAGUGAUAACGCUGCGUGCCACAGAUCAGGAUAUCGGCAAGAACGCGGAGAUCGAAUAUGGCAUUGAGGCGGUCACAGAUGGCUUAGGUGCUGCACAGGAUCAGGAGCUGCCCAUCUUUCGCAUCGAUUCGCGCUCCGGCGUCAUCUCCACGCGCAGCAGCCUCGAUCGCGAGACGUCCGACAGCUAUCAUUUGCUCGUAACCGCCUCGGAUAUGGCCGCGGCGCAGAGCGAACGCAAGACGGCGACGGCCAGUGUGCUGGUAAAAAUCCUGGAUGACAAUGACAACUAUCCGCAGUUCAGCGAACGCACCUACACCGUCCAGGUGCCCGAGGAUCAGUGGGGCGACGACAACAACGUGGCCCACAUCCGGGCCACCGACGCAGAUCAGGGCAACAAUGCGGCAAUUCGUUAUGCCAUCAUCGGCGGCAACACGCAGUCCCAGUUCUCCAUAGACUCCAUGAGCGGCGACGUGAGCCUGGUGAAGCCGCUGGACUACGAGAGCGUGAGAAGCUAUCGCCUGGUCAUACGUGCCCAGGACGGCGGCAGUCCUUCGCGCAGCAAUACCACCCAACUAUUGGUCAAUGUGAUCGAUGCCAAUGACAAUGCGCCGCGCUUCUACACCUCGCAGUUCCAGGAGAGCGUGCUGGAGAACGUGCCCGUUGGCUACAACAUCAUCAGGGUGCAGGCCUACGAUUCCGAUGAGGGCGCCAACGCAGAGAUCAGCUACAGCAUUUCAGAGCGCGAUGACAACUUUCCAUUGGCUGUUGAUGCGCGCACUGGUUGGGUGCAGACCAUCAAGCCGCUGGAUCGCGAGGAGCAGAGUCGCUUCGCCUUUCAGGUGGUGGCCAAGGAUGGCGGCGUGCCGCCCAAGUCGGCCAGCUCCUCGGUGGUGAUCACCGUCCAGGAUGUGAAUGACAAUGAUCCCAGCUUUAAUCCCAAAUACUACGAAGCCAAUGUGGGUGAGGAUCAGCCGCCAGGCACGCCAGUGACAACGGUUACGGCCACCGAUCCUGACGAAGAUUCGCGCCUGCACUACGAGAUUAGCACGGGAAAUACUCGUGGACGCUUCGCCAUCACCUCGCAGAAUGGCCGUGGCCUGAUCACCAUCGCCCAGCCACUCGACUACAAACAGGAGAAACGCUUCUUGCUCACGGUGACCGCCACAGACUCGGGCGGACGCUCCGACACGGCCACAGUCCACAUCAACAUCACGGAUGCAAACAACUUUGCGCCCAUCUUUGAGAAUGCGCCGUACAGCGCUCCGGUGUUCGAGGACGCGCCAGUGGGCACCACUGUGCUUGUGGUUUCGGCCACCGACAGCGAUGUGGGCAUCAAUGCACAGAUUACCUACUCGCUGAACGAGGAGAGCAUCAACGGACUGAGCAGCCCGGAUCCGUUUACGAUCAAUCCACAAACUGGCGCCAUUAUAACCAGUGCCCAGUUGGACAGAGAAACCACGAGCGGAUAUCUGCUCACAGUCACCGCUAAGGAUGGCGGCAAUCCCUCGCUGAGCGACACCACGGACGUCGAGAUUAGCGUCACGGAUGUGAAUGACAAUGCGCCGGCCUUUAAGAAUCCCCUUUACCAGUCCUCCAUACUGGAAGAUGCGCUGGUGGGCACCUCCGUGAUACAGGUGUCGGCCAGCGAUCCGGAUAUCGGCUUGAAUGGACGCAUCAAGUAUCUGCUCAGCGAUCGUGACGUGGAGGAUGGCUCCUUCGUUAUUGAUCCCACAUCGGGCACAAUACGCACCAACAAGGGGCUGGAUCGAGAGAGCGUGGCCACCUACCAUCUGACUGCCAUAGCCGUGGACAAAGGAUCACCGCCGCUCUCCUCCACUGUGGAGGUGCAAAUCCGGCUGGAGGAUGUCAACGAUUCACCUCCCACAUUUGCCUCCGAUAAGAUAACGCUCUAUGUGCCGGAGAACUCGCCCGUGGGCUCCGUGGUGGGUGAGAUACACGCACACGAUCCAGAUGAGGGCGUCAAUGCGGUGGUUCACUAUUCCAUUAUUGGCGGCGACGAUUCCAAUUCGUUUUCGCUGGUCACUCGACCCGGCUCGGAGCGUGCCCAGCUGCUGACCAUGACGGAAUUGGACUAUGAAUCGUCACGCAAACGCUUCGAGCUGGUGGUGCGAGCAGCCAGCCCGCCCUUGCGUAAUGAUGCACACAUUGAGAUUCUGGUCACGGAUGUGAACGAUAAUGCGCCGGAACUGCGCGACUUUCAGGUGAUCUUCAAUAACUUCAGGGAUCAUUUUCCCAGCGGCGAGAUCGGACGCAUUCCCGCCUUCGAUGCGGACGUCAGCGAUAAGCUGAACUAUCGCAUUCUGUCCGGCAACAAUGCGAAUCUCUUACGCCUCAAUAGCAGCUCAGGUGGCUUGAUUCUCAGUCCUCAGCUGAACACAAAUGUGCCCAAAUUUGCCACAAUGGAGGUGUCCGUAUCGGACGGCAUUAACGAGGCGAAGGCCAUCAUGCAGCUGUCCGUCCGCUUGAUCACAGAGGACAUGUUGUUCAACUCAGUGACGGUGCGUCUGAACGAGAUGACGGAGGAGGCGUUUCUGUCGCCCCUGCUGAACUUCUUCCUCGACGGCCUGGCGGCCAUAAUACCCUGUCCCAAGGAGAGCAUCUUCAUCUUUAGCAUACAGGACGACACGGACGUCACCUCGCGCAUACUCAACGUUAGCUUCUCGGCCAAGCGGCCAGAUGUCUCGCACGAGGAGUACUAUACGCCGCAGUAUCUGCAGGAGCGCGUUUAUCUCAAUCGCGCCAUUCUCGCUCGCCUGGCCACCGUCGAGGUGCUGCCCUUCGAUGAUAAUCUCUGCGUGCGCGAGCCCUGUCUCAACUUUGAAGAGUGCCUCACGGUGCUGAAGUUCGGCAAUGCCUCGGAGUUCAUACACAGCGAUACGGUGCUCUUUAGACCCAUCUAUCCAGUGAAUACAUUUGCCUGCUCCUGCCCGGAGGGCUUUACGGGCAGCAAGGAGCACUAUCUGUGCGACACCGAAGUGGAUCUCUGCUAUUCGGAUCCCUGUCAGAACGGCGGCAGCUGUGUGCGGCGCGAGGGCGGCUACACCUGCGUCUGCCUCGACACGCACACCGGUGCCAACUGCGAGACGAGCAUCAACAAGCUGCGUCCCUGCAACUCGGAAGCCUGCGAGGGUGGCUUGUCCUGCAUGAACAACUAUCUCAGCUCCCAGCCGCCGCCCUACACGGCAACGUGUGAGCUGCGGGCGCGUUCGUUCUCGCGCAACUCCUUCCUUACCUUCGAGAGCCUCAAGCAGCGCCAUCGCUUCAAUCUCAAGCUGCGCUUCGCCACGGUGCAGGACAAUGGACUCUUGCUCUACAAUGGACGCUACAACGAGCUGCACGACUUUAUUGCAUUGGAGCUGCUCGAUGGACACAUCAGCUUCUCCUUCUCGCUGGGUGAUCGCAGCGAGCGCGUGGGUCUCGUCCAGCCCUCAAAGGUAUCCGACGGCCACUGGCACGAGGUGGAAAUCGUCUACUUUAAUCGCACGGUGACCCUCGUCCUGGACAAGUGCGACACGGCCAUUGCGUUGUCGGGGCAGCUGAGCGCGCCUUGGAACUGCGCCAAUCAGACCACACUGCGACUGGACAAGCGCUGUGCGCUGCUCACCGAGACCUGUCAUCGUUUCCUGGACCUAACCGGUCCGUUGCAGGUGGGCGGCUUGCCGCGCAUACCCGCCCACUUUCCAGUGGCGAAUCGUGAUUAUGUCGGCUGCAUUUCGGAUCUGCGCAUCGACGAUCGCUUCGUGGAUCUGAAUUCGUAUGUCGCGGACAAUGGCACCAUUUCCGGCUGUCCGCAGAAGUCGCCGCUGUGCGCCUCGGUGCCGUGCUUCAAUGGCGGCAGCUGUCGCGAGGGCUGGGGCAUCUACACCUGCGAGUGCCCCGAGGGCUAUGCCGGCAACAAUUGCCAGGACAAUAUACCCGCGCCCUGGCGCUUCUCCGGUGAUGGCAGCCUGAGCUUCAAUCCACUGCUGCGUCCCAUACAGCUGCCGUGGCUGACGGCGUUUUCGCUGCGCACGCGCCAGGAGGACGCGUUCCUCAUGCAGAUACAGAUUGGCCAAAACAGCUCGGCCGUCAUCUGCCUGAAGCACGGCGUGCUCUACUACGUCUACGACAAUGAGCCCAUGUACCUAGCCGGCGCUUACCUCUCGGACGGCGAAUGGCAUCGCGUGGAAAUCAAGUGGCAGCAAGGCUCGGAAAUACAAUUCUCUGUGGACUAUGGCCAGCGCAGCGGCUCGGUGCCCAUGUCGCAGAAGGUGCAAGGACUCUAUGUGGGCAAAAUAGUUAUGGGCAGCGUCGAUGGCACCAUUGGCGCCGUCCAGGAUGCCGUGCCCUUCGAGGGCUGCUUGCAGGAUGUGCGCAUCGGUGCGAGUCAAGCGGUGCUCUCACGGCCCACCAUACGCGAAAACGUCGAAGAUGGCUGCGAGUCGCGCGCCCAAUGCCCCAGCAGCUGUCCGGCCCACUCGAGCUGCGCCACCGGCUGGGAUCGUGCCACCUGCGAGUGCAGCGCCGGCUACGUUGGUCCCGACUGUGCGCCCAUCUGCACGGUGCAGCCGUGCGCCGCGGGCGUCUGCAGAGCUAACGCCAGCCUCUCGCGCGGCUACAACUGCGAGUGCAACAGCACCUACCAGCACGGCGAGUACUGCGAAAGAACCCUGCAACAGCCCUGCCCGGGCGGCUGGUGGGGCGAGCGCGUCUGCGGCCCCUGCAAGUGCAACAUCAAGCAGGGCUACCAUCCGGACUGCAACAAGACGACGGGCCAGUGCUACUGCAAGACGAAUCACUAUCAGCCGCCCAACGAGACGGCCUGCCUGGCCUGCGACUGCUACUCGAUUGGCAGCUUCAACAGCGCCUGCAAUCGGCUGACGGGUCAGUGUGAGUGUCGCGAGGGCGUCAUCGGACGUCGCUGCGACUCCUGCUCCAACCCAUACGCAGAGGUAACGCUCAACGGCUGCGAAGUGGUCUACGAUGCCUGUCCGCGCUCGUUUGCCGCUGGCAUUUGGUGGCCACGCACUCCGCUGGGCAGCACCACAGUCGAGAGCUGUCCGCUGCCGGCGCGUGGCAAGGGCCAGCGCAGCUGCGACAGCCAGACGGGCAGCUGGAGCGUGCCGGACAUGUACAACUGCACCUCGGAGCCGUUCGUCGAGCUGCGCCGCCAGCUGUCGCAGCUGGAGAAACUGGAGCUAGAGCUCAACUCGUUCGUGGCCAUCAAAAUGGCUGAGCAGCUGCAGCACGCCUGUGAGGCGGUGGAUCGCAGCGCUGUCAGCAAGCCAGCAGCGCCCAAGCACAACAGGAGAUACAAAAUGGAGUCGUCUUUCCUGCUGAAUGCAGGCGGCGCUGUCUGGUCGCAUGAGCUGGACAUGGACUAUCUGUCCGAUGAGUUGAAGUUCUCGCACGAUCGUCUCUACGGCGCCGAUCUGUUGGUCACGGAGGGCAUACUGCAGGAGCUGAUUAACUACGAGCUAAUGCAGAGCGGACUCAACUUGACGCACAGCCAGGACAAGUACUUCAUCAAAAAUCUGGUCGACUCGGCGAGCGUUAUACUGGAUCGCAAAUACGACGCCGAAUGGAAGCGCGCCACGGAGCUGAUACAGCGCGGUCCCGACGACCUGGUGGAUGCCUUCAACAAGUACAUGGUCGUCCUGGCACGCUCGCAGCACGACACCUACACGAAUCCCUUUGAGAUUGUGCAACGGAAUAUGGUGCUGGGCCUGGACAUCGUGACCACCGAGUCCCUCUUCGGCUAUGAGCCGGAACAGCUGAGCGAGUACCACAAGGCCAAGUACCUCAAGCCGAACGCCUUCACCACGGAAAGCGUGGUGCUGCCCGACACCAGUGGCUUCCUGCAGCACUCGGCCAAGCAGAAGCCCGUCAUCAGCUUUCCCAAGUACAACAACUACAUACUGGACAAGCACAAGUUCGACAAGCACUCCAAGGUGCUUGUGCCGCUCGAGAUGCUGGGCAUAACGCCGCCGGAGAGCGACGAGGUAACUCAGGGCAGUCGGGGCAACGAUUAUCGCGCCAUUGUCGCCUAUGCCCAGUACAAGGAUGUGGGUCAGCUGCUGCCGGAUCUGUAUGACGAGACCAUUACACGUCGCUGGGGCGUCGAUGUAGAGCUGGCCACGCCCAUCUUGUCGCUGCAGAUACUGGUGCCAUCAGCGGAGCGGGAGCAGCAACGCCUGGAGAUACCCUCGCGCAAAAUCUCCUCGGCAACGGCUGCGUCCGGCACGUCCGGCACGUCCGCAUCGGCUGCUGGAGGCUCAACCAUAAUACGCAGCUCGAGCAGCACGGAGCAACAGUUUGUCGAGGUCUUCGAUGUGCCCAAAGCGCCGAGCAGCAGCAGCGAACAGCAAAUCGAGGAUAUACGCAUCACAGCCCAUGAGAUACCGCCGCCAGCAUCUGCGGAGCAAGAGGAGACCAACAGCAACGAAGCUGCCGAAGUGGACAGUCCGCACAUACGGCUCAAUCUCGACGACAUCGAGUUCCAUGGCAAUUCCGGCGAGGAAAUAAGCGUUGACUCACCCGAGCAGCUGAAUCCCAACUACGAAGGCAGUCCGGACAGCAGCGAGCAGUCCAAGGGCGAGAACGAAGCCAUCUAUCGGGAUCGUCGUCUGGUCAAGCGCCAGGUGGAGGUGAUCUAUCCCUCGGAGCAGCUGCAGAAGCCACAGCACAUGGUUUAUCGUUCGCUGGGCUCGCCGCAUCUCUCGCAGCCCAUCAAGCUGCAAAUGUGGCUGGACAUGGACGCGACACGCUUCGGACCGCGCUCGAAUCCUCAGUGUGUGCGCUGGAACUCCUUCACCAAUCAGUGGACGCGACUCGGCUGUCAGACCGAAAUUCCCGACUUCGACGGCGACUUCGCGCAGGUCUCGCACCUGCCCAUCUUGAUCAACUGCAGCUGCACGCACAUCUCCAACUAUGCGGUCAUCGUGGACAUCAUUGAUCCGGAGGACAUACCCGAGCCCUCGCUGCUCGUGCAGAUCACCUCGUACUCGGCUUUCAUGGUAUCGCUGCCCCUGUUGCUGGGCGUCCUGCUCGCCUUGGCCCUGCUGCGCGGCCAGCAGACAAACUCGAACACCAUCCACCAGAACAUUGUGCUCUGCGUCUUCUGCGCCGAGCUGCUCUUCUUUGUGGGCAUGCAGUCGAGGCGUAACCUGUUGGAGAACGAGUUCCCCUGCAAGCUGAUUGCCAUCUGCCUGCACUACUUCUGGCUGGCCGCAUUCGGCUGGACAACGGUCGACUGUGUGCAUCUCUAUCGCAUGCUGACUGAAAUGCGGGAUAUCAAUCAUGGUCCCAUGGGCUUCUACUUUGCCAUGGGCUACGGUGCGCCAGCUGUCGUCGUCGGCCUAUCCGUCGGGGUGCGAGCACACGAAUACGGAAAUAGUUUAUUCUGCUGGUUGUCCGUCUACGAACCCGUCGUCUGGUGGCUGGUGGGGCCCAUAGCUGGCAUGUCGGUGGUGAAUCUGCUCAUACUCUUUGUGUCGGUGAAGGCGGCCUUUACGCUGAAGGAUCAUGUGCUCGGCUUUGGCAAUCUGCGCACUCUGCUCUGGCUGUCGGUGGUGUCGCUGCCUCUGAUGGGCGUCAUGUGGGUGCUGGCAGUGCUGGCCGCCUCGGAGCACUCGCAGCUGCUAAGCCUGUUGCUCUCCGGCGUGGUGCUGCUGCACGCGCUCUUCUGCCUGAUUGGCUACUGCAUCAUCAAUAAGCGCGUGCGCGAGAAUCUGCAACGCACCUGCCUGCGCUGCAUGGGCCGCAAGGUGCCGCUGCUGGACUCCUCCAUGGUGGUUAGCAACAGUUCGCACAAUGUGAACGGAGCGGCCAGGCCCAGCAAUUUUCUGGCGGGCAACUAUGAUACGGCGCGGCGUAAUAUUGGCAUCAGCGCCUCGAGCACCACAUCGCGCAGCACUGCCAAGACCAGCUCCAGUCCGUACAGCGAUGGCCAGCUAAGGCAGACGUCGACAUCCACCUCGAACUACAACUCGGCCAGCGAUGCGCCCAGUUUUCUGCGUGGCUUCGAGUCGUCCACCACGGGACGCACGCGCAGCGAGGAGAAGACGCGCCGCCAGCGCAAGGACUCCGAUUCGGGCUCCGAAACGGAUGGACGCUCCCUGGAGCUGGCCUCCAGUCACUCCAGCGACGAUGACGAAUCUCGCACGGCGCGCUCUUCGGGCACGCAUCGCAGCACGGCCGUUAGCUCCACGCCCGCCUACUUGCCGAACAUAACGGAGCAUGUGCAGGCCACCACGCCGCCCGAGCUGAAUGUGGUGCAGAGUCCACAGCUGUUCCCCAGCGUCAACAAGCCGGUCUAUGCCCCGCGCUGGUCCAGCCAGCUGCCCGACGCGUAUCUGCAGUCGCCGCCAAAUAUUGGACGCUGGUCGCAGGACACCGGCUCGGACAACGAGCAUGUGCAUGGCCAGAAGAUGACCAUAUCGCCGAAUCCGCUGCCCAAUCCCGAUCUCACCGACACCAGCUACAUGCAGCAGCAUCACAACAAGAUUAACAUGACGCCCUCAAUACUGGAGAACAUACGCGACGCACGCGACGGCUACGAGGACAGCCUGUACGGGCGACGCAACGACUAUGCGGACAAGUACGGCUCGUACAAGCCGCCGAGUCACUACGGCAGCGAGAAGGACUAUCCGGGCGCUGGUGGUGCCGGGGCGAGCGGCUCUCAGACAAUUGGCCAUUUGCGCAGCUUCCAUCCGGAUGCGGCCUACUUGAGCGACAACAUCUACGACAAGCAGCGCACGCUGGGCAGCGGCUAUUUGGGCGCCAAGUCCGAAUCGCCCUACCUAUCCAAGGAUCGCAUAACGCCGGACAUCUAUGGCUCACGCGAUGGCCACUACAGCCUGAAGCGUCAGCCGGCCUUUGCCACAGACUCGCUGCACUCCGUGCAUUCGCUGCUCAAGAACGACUACCAUCAGCAGCAGCAGCAGCAGCAGCAGCAGCAACAGCAGCAGCAGCAGGCAGACCGCCUUUCGGAGGGCUCCGAUAAGAAUGGCUAUCACUUUCCCUACACCGCCGAGGAGGAUCAUCUGCAGCAGCAGGCGCGCAAGCUGAGCGCUGGCCAUGCGCAGCCGCCGUCGCUGCACGGCUCACAGCAGCUGCAUCUGCAGAUGCAUCCGCAUGCGGCGCUGGUCAACGACAUGAACAAUCCGGGACUGCUGGCCCGGCACACGCUCGCCGGCAGCGUCGUCGGUGGCAGCUCGCGGCACAGCUCACGCGCCUCCUCGCCGCCCUCGAACAUGGUGGCUCCCAUGCAGCCACUGGGUCCACUGGCCAGCAUCACGGACACCGACUCCGAGUACGACAUUGUUUGGCUGCAACGCAGGCAGCAGAGGCAGCAGCACUAUCCUUGGUCGCUAACAAUAUGGCGGAAUAUUGAUGACGACGAGACCACAGUGUGACGGCUGCCAACAACAAAGCGGCAGCUGCAGCAGCACAAGUUGCAAGCGCACAAGCUGCAGCAAGCAGCAAAUCAGUUUGCAACCGUCAGACGCAAGCCCCAAUUCAAAAGGCAAACAAAUCAUAUUUAAAUGUUGCUUCAAGAAAUUAAAUAAUAUAAUAUAAUUGCU